AUGAAGUGUGCAGAUGAUAUAACCACAUUUAACACCUUUAUUCAAAAACAAAGGCUAUUCCAGUUCUUGGUCGGAAUCAAUGAUAUGUUCGACAAGGAACGUCGUGACUUACUUAAUCAAGAACCAUUGCCAAGUCUACAAGUAGCCUAUGCCACUAUCCGGAGAGAAAUCGCUAGGCGUGGGAUCAUGACCCACGUUUCAUCACUAGGAUCGAGUCCCUCAAAAAUCGGAAGUGGGUUGGCGGAGGGCUGUUUUAAACUCAUAGGGUUCCCGGAGUGGUGGGAAGAACACCGGCAGAGGAAGGCCGCCACCAAGGCUCAGUCAAGAACCGAUGGCAAGGCCCAUGUUGUCACCGGCAUUUCCACCACCGAGGCACCAUCAAUCGACACAACCCACAACACAAGUGAAACAAAAAUGGAGGGAAGAGAAACAGUAGAGGAAAAGACGGAAGAGAGAAAAACAAAGGGGAUGGGGGAGUUGGGACACUUUCUUCUUAUGGCCAAUGGAAAGUGUAUGGACGUUCAUCAAGCUGGGCCCGUUAAUAUUUCAUCACCAAUACAUUUAAAAAAUUGUCUUUUGAUACCUAACUUGUCUCACAAACUGUUGUCUAUUAGUCAAUUGACUAAGGAGCUUGACUGUACUGUUCUUAUGACAUCUACUGAUUGUAUUGUGCAGGAUGCUUGUACUCGUAUGUGCUGGGUAUAUUUUCUUAAACACAAAACUAAAGUUUUUGAUGUCUUUGUUAAAUUCUAUAAUAUGCUUGGGACGCAAUUUCAAACACAACUAAAAAUUCUUCGAUCAGAUAAUGGGAGGGAAUACAUGAACCAAAAAAUGCAUGAUUUUAUUUCGACCCAUGGCCUUAUCCACCAAACUUCCUGCCCAUACACCCCACAACAAAAUGGGGUUGCCGAACGAAAAAAUCGUACCCUCCUUGAGAUCACCCGAGCCCUGAUGUUUGAAGCCAAAACCCCAGCUCAUUUCUGGCCUGAGGUCAUUUCCACUGCUUCCUACCUCACCAUUAUUUUUCCUACCAAAAUUCUCCAAUUUAAAACACCUCUCGAAACACUUCGCUGCUACGCAACCAUUCCACCUUCUCAUUCCCUAACACCUUGUGUCUUUGGCUGCAUUGUGUAUGUUCAUCUCUCUCCUCAUACCCGUCACAAACUUGAACCCUGUGUAGUUGAAUGUGUUUUCCUUGGGUAUGGGGUCACUCAAAAGGGCUAUCGGUGCUUCGAUCCUCUUCAUAACAAAUUGUAUACUACUCUAGACUGUGAUUUUUUUGAGAGUUCAUACUACUAUCCUAAAUCAGAUUCAGAACAUUAUGAUUCAUAA